CUCUCGCCCCACCCACUUCCUGUGCUCGCCCGGGGGGCGUGUGCCGAGCCGCUGCCGGAGUCCUGGGAAGUUGUGGCUGUCGAGGAUGGGGGUCUGUGGGUACCUGUUCCUGCCCUGGAAGUGCCUCGUGGUCGUGUCUCUCAGGCUGCUGUUCCUUGUACCCACAGGAGUGCCCGUGCGCAGCGGAGAUGCCACCUUCCCCAAAGCUAUGGACAACGUGACGGUCCGGCAGGGGGAGAGCGCCACCCUCAGGUGCACGAUUGACAACCGGGUCACUCGGGUGGCCUGGCUAAACCGCAGCACCAUCCUCUAUGCUGGGAAUGACAAGUGGUGUCUGGACCCACGUGUGGUCCUUCUGAGCAACACUCAAACCCAGUAUAGCAUCGAGAUCCAGAAUGUGGAUGUGUAUGACGAGGGCCCGUACACCUGCUCUGUGCAGACGGACAACCACCCAAAGACCUCGCGGGUCCACCUCAUUGUGCAAGUGUCUCCCAAAAUUGUAGAAAUUUCUUCAGAUAUCUCCAUUAAUGAAGGGAACAAUAUCAGCCUCACCUGCAUAGCAACAGGUAGACCAGAACCUACAGUUACCUGGAGGCACAUCUCCCCCAAAGCUGUGGGCUUUGUGAGUGAAGAUGAAUAUUUGGAAAUCCAGGGCAUCACGCGGGAGCAAUCGGGGGACUAUGAGUGCAGCGCCUCCAAUGAUGUGGCUGCACCAGUGGUACGGAGAGUAAAGGUCACCGUGAACUAUCCGCCAUACAUUUCAGAAGCUAAGGGUACAGGCGUUCCCGUAGGACAAAAGGGGACACUGCAGUGUGAAGCCUCAGCAGUUCCCUCGGCAGAAUUCCAAUGGUACAAGGAUGACAAAAGACUGAUUGAAGGAAAGAAGGGGGUCAAAGUGGAAAACAGACCUUUCCUCUCAAAACUCAUCUUCUUCAAUGUCUCUGAACAUGACUAUGGGAACUACACUUGUGUGGCCUCCAACAAGCUGGGUCACACCAAUGCCAGCAUCACACUAUUUGAGGUGAAAACUACAGCUCUGACCCCUUGGAAAGGCCCGGGCGCAGUCAGCGAGGUGAACAACGGGACGUCGAGGAGGGCAGGCUGCAUUUGGCUGCUACCUCUUCUGGUCUUGCACCAACUCCUCAAGUUUUGAUGUGAGUGCCACUUUCCCACUGGGGAAAUGCUGCCACCACUGCAACCACCAACACAACAGCAAAGCAACUCCGACAGCAGCAAGCGCAAACCCGUUUCUAAAUACGAUACCGUCAAACAACAUUCAGAGAAACAGAGUCCAAUGGGACACAAAUUCGAGGGAGGGGACAAAGAAUACUUUGGGAAAACAAGUUUUAAAAGGAAAUCGAAAGUCACCUUGCAGGCCUUGCAGAUAUGUAGGUACAGCUGAGUUUUCUUUCUUUUCCUAAACGGGAAGAACACACACCUGGCUUUGGACUCACCUGCAAGCUGCAUUGCAUGACCUCUUUGUUACCACGGGGGCGAGGGCUCAGCCAUUCUGCCCACUAACAUGCCCCCACCAAGGAAAAUUCUGCAGUCGGCCAUCCCAAAUUCAAUCAGUCGAUAGAGAUGAACACAGUGAGACCUGUGGGCCCAGAUGUGCCACUGCGGCCCCUUUCGUAGACUGUGCCACUAUUGGGUGUGUUAUGAAACACAAAAUUUAAAAAAAACAAAGAAAAAGGAAACUAAACAAGACAGCCUGACAGCUACAACAAUCCCACAAUCAACAGUCACAAAAGAUAUUGUUAAACUUUUUUUUUUUUCAUUUUACUACAUGGACAUCAUGGAUAAUAAGGGAUUCUGAUUCAUUAUUAAUUUUAUUAAUUAUAUUUUCUGAUAUGAGUCUAGAACUUAGUGCAAAAACAAGACAAAACUAAAAAAAUACACAAAUGAAAGGGGUGAAGAGAAGUAUGUUUGGUAAAUAUUAAAAAUGAAUAGUGUACUUCUUAACUAGGUUUACAACUGGUGGACCACACACCAGGCAUUAACCACCUGGUGAGGAUUUGGCAAAUCCACCAAAAAAACAUGCUUACGAUUUAACCAACAUCUCCACCAGCGCUACAGAUUUCUCCUUAUUCUGGCAUUUAAUGCAGAAAAAUACUGUGCUUCUACAUGCUGUUUAGAAAUGGAAGGGUGAUCUGCACUGUAUCUUGAGUUUGUUGGCUAUGCUUCUUUCGAUGACAUAUAUUAUACAGUAUAUAUACACAUAUAUUUUUUUUGUUAGAGUUCUAGCCAUUUUAUUUCUCAGCAGGGUCCUUUCUCAGACAUUACUGCAUGCUGUAUAUGGCGUUAGCUGUGUGUUGAUCUUCUAAAAGAUGAUAGAGUUUACUGGUAAUUGUGUAAUCAGCUCCUGCCUUUUUAUUUUCUUGGGUUAUUUACAUGUCAGAGACAUUUAUAAAAAGAGAAAAAAAAACA